CGAAGAUCAAGAUUUUCGAGGUCCCAGGAGAGUUGUGCAGUCGUAUGAUUUUAUCGCCGAUCCGAUGUGAUAUUUUCAUUUUGCUUUAUCCGCCUUUCGUAGUAUUUUUUUUGAAACACGAAAUUAAAAUAAAUAGAAGAGGUCUCCGGUUGCAAAGUAGGGGUGUAGUGCGCUGAGCUGCAGCCAUUUCUGGCUUCAGCUUCUUGCGAAGUACAUAGAUACGUAGAUAAGUGGAUGUUGUUUAUCUUUUUUGUUGAAGAGCAAUCGUAAUCGUCUUGUUCGUGCGCAACGCGGUCGUGUUUUUCCCUCCGGUCACAAGUACCGGCCGGUCUGCGUCUGUAGCUGUAUUUCAGUCUGACAUUGAUGUCACUUAUAGCCACUACAUCUUCUACAUCGCAUUUUUGUCUUGUUUGUCAAUGAAGAUAUUAUAAUACCAUUUCUUGAUUGUGAUUCAAUUUCAAAGGCACGUACAAGGAAAAAUGACGUCCGGCGGUUCUCGACUGGAGAUGAGCCAGGUCUCUAUUCCAGAGGCGGCUUCAUUUGUCGAGCGCACGCCCCUAGAGCUCGCUGUGCUGCGUAGUAACCCUAAAGUAUACGAUGGGUGCGACCACUGUCCCGCAUGCUUGUCAUUGCUGAAGGUAAAAAGAUGAAGUGAAAAAAAAUCGUAUUGUUUUGCUUUAUUGUCCACCAGAAUAAGUAGGGCAAGGGCAAGGCUUAUGUGAGAGUUUAGAUGAACAACAAGAUUUUUUCUCCAAAAAUUUCUUGUGCAACUUAAAUUUAGGUUUCGCUCGGGAAGAACCCGGUGACGAGCCUGUACUCUGCGACCUCUCGUGACGCCACGCUGCAGUCCGUGAUUUCGGAGCUGUUGCAGUUUCGCAUCUCCAGUGAGCAGGGUCGCGUGAACAUGUGCAAACGCGGUUUGUGCCGUUUCCACGCGCUGCACUACAAGCUGUACGUGCACCGCUUCAACAUUGACACCAUGAUCGCGAUCAAACACUUCGACGACACUGGUAAGGUGCUGGACGACGCGACUAUCGAGCAGGUUUUCGCGAAUUUGGAGUCCAACGUGGAGGCCUGCUUCGAGUCCUGCUACAAAAAGUGGAUCAAGGACUUGCAGCAGCACAUUCUGGAGAAAUUUUCCGAGAACGUGGAGAAGGAAUUCGUUUGUCUCAAAGCGGAACUCCGAAACAAACUGCACGAAAAGGAGAGGCAGCUGGAAAAAAGAAUAAAGAUGAUCCAGGAAGUAUCCCACGGAAAAAGUGUUACAGUUACACAUUUGUUGUCAAUUUCGCAUCACAAAUUUUCUCUGCAUGAGAGAGAAAACUUGCAAUGCAGAAAACACAAGGGAAAACAGGAAGGAAAUGAGCAUCCAAAGCAUUUCCUGCAUGAGAAAGGCUGUCUGUGUUUUCGGUCUUGCAACACAAUGUGUAACUGUAACACUUUUUCCUUCCCAUAGGAAGAGCAAGAUGACGCAUUAGACGCCGCGGAAGCGAGGCUACAGGUCCAGAUGCAAACCGAAAAGUUCAAAAAAGUCAAAACCAUGCUGGAUGAUUACGGUACGUUGGGGUUCUUCUGCCUUGAUCGAUGCCACCACACAAGAAAAGAGAAUUCUAAUUAGUUUUUUUGAUUUCUAUGGUUUUGUAUACUUUCUUAAGUAAGUUGACGGUCUACAAAAUGAAUGUCGUUGUUUCUUGUUCUGGAAGAACAUCAAGGAUACAAAAAGUGAUAUAUUGAUUUCAGGCCGCGUCUACCACACCGCUUGCAGCUCCACGAAGGGCAACAUUCUCCACGUGAUGUAUCAAAUGUAUAAAAUGUCUGGGUCUGGAAACUUGUGAUGCUGGGUGGCGUCUCAUGAUGAGGCCACAAAUGCUGGCUCAGCAUGGCAAGUUUCUGAGAUUCUAGGUGUUGCCUAUUCUGCAUGACAAACUGCGUUUCUGCAUCACAGAAAAAUGGAGCUCUUGGGUAACGUGCAUGACAGAUUUAAGAGUUAUGCUAGACACGCAUGACAAAUAUGCAUUCUUCCAGACCCAGACAUUUUUGCACGUGAUAUGAUGAAGAAGUAUGCCAAGCACGAGAAGGAGGGCGGCCGAAAGGUCGACGACGAGCUGCGAGUGCAGUAUCUGCGCAAGGUCGACAAAGCCCGGGAGCGCCAGGACCGCGAGUUGGCCAUUUGGCGCGGAAAACUGGAUGCCCAUAGGAAACAGCAGUACGCAAUGGUCCGCGAUACCACCAACAAAUUUAACCGCGGAAAGCACAAUCGCUUGCAGCGGUUGCGCGACGUGCAGGCGAGCGAAGCGAAGAAGAUCUUCGAGGACUUCCGAAAGCACGCAGUGCACAUGCGCUCUUUGGCGAUGCGACGCGGGGUCAGCGUACAGACGACCACCCUGCGCCCGAUUACACCAACCAUUUGUGGGUAAGAUUUCUGCAGCUCAGUAGAUCAUGUUCAUUUAUUUUCGAAAACAAUUGUCAAACGGAACAGUAGACAUGAUUGAAAAAAAAUAAAUUGAUCGACGUGUGAUACGUAGAAAUUUCACUGAGUAAAUAGAUACAAAUAGUGCCAUACCCGUACCUCCCUUACCCACACCGAGAGGCUCAGGCGCCGACAACACCAUCAGUAGUUUUUGUUACAUGAUCAACCGCAGGUACCUCCUUCUUCUCCUGAAGCGCGCACUUCCGCCGAAUAUGCAGUCACGAACGAUUAUGCGAGACGGCGAGCCGCUUCACGACAGCAAAGCAGGCACCGUACUGGCGCAGUUCGCUGCCUGGUUAUACGAAAGCCCGGAACUGGUCGGGCUCUCCGGCCGAGACGUCUUUCGGCUGCUGGACACGCGAAAAGCCGGCCGUGUCACGAGCACGGACCUGCAGCAAUUCGUUCAUAGGUGCGUACUAGAGUCCAUACAGAAUUCUCCAGCUUAGCUUUAGCCACGUUAACUAGUAAUGCACAUGGCUUCCCUUUGCCCAGCCCUUCUUUUGCGGGUUGUAAUUGUAUCCUUUGUGUUUCUCUCUUGCAUCAAGAGCGAUCAAGUACGACUUCUCUUAUUAAGCACAGGACGCACAUGCUCCUUCGCGAAGAUAUCAACAACGAUCACUGACAGGCACAAUAUUCUGUUGCAGCCGUCCAUUCUGUUUAACACGUUGCCGAAGGAGGAGCCCGGGGUGAUUCAGCUGGACGACUUUCUGAUGGCCAUGCGCCCGGUGGAAUUCGAGCACGAAAUUUGUGUGACCGAGUUGCUCUACACCUGGCAGAAGCGGCAGCCGGGGUCCGACUUUGACCGCGACGAACAAGAGCAGCUCCUCGGCCAGCUACGCCAGGUGGCCGUCCGGGUGCUCGAAUUUUUGGACGUGCGAGAGCCGCCUUACGACCCGGAUGACGACGUGAUGUUCUACCGCGUGCACAACUUUUCGCAGCAGAAAACGAAACUCACCCACGAAGUGCGCAACUGGGACGCCGCUGCCUCCAUCUACCGCUUGGGAGGACAGGCCGCGCUGAACGUUUCCAAGCAAAGUUCCAUCGCGAUGAACAGAUCCAAGUCCCCGGGGGGAGCAGGAGCUCCGGGCGGCCCACCGGCGACAAUCAGUCCAGUAGAACAAAGAACCGGCUUCAUGCACACGGGGCGCUACGAAUUCUCCGUACCACGGUUAACCAUUGCCCCUCCGGACCACUCGCCGAACCACAGAGGAGCAGUUUCGGAUACGCACGGGCAGAGGUACUACCGAGCUAAUCUGGAAUCCAGUGCAUUGGACUUUGACAGGCGAGUAGUGCUGGAUGCGACGGAGGAAAGAGGAUGGUACAACUUUUUUUGGCAUUUAUUCUUGUGUGGAUCGAUAUCGAAUGACCGCUGCAUUUUUUUACGGAAGUGGAGCCGCAUACUAUUUUCACAAUAGGCAACUUUUACAUUCAUUCAUCGAUUUUCAUUUCUUGAAAUACAAAACAAAACUCAAAGGGAUAUCGCCCCUGCAAAAUCGGGAUUGGCCGCGCGAACUGGCUUUCUGCACUUUGGUAGUUCUCCGAGCACGGCACGACCGCCGGCCGCGAGCAAUCUGUUCAUGGCGAAGCCGCAGCUGAUCGACUCCAGUGUCAUUGACACACACGAGAGCUACGGGCAGGACGGCUCGGUGAGUGACCGGCGCGUGCUGCGACGCAGCACUUCGGCGACCGGCAAGGAUCUUACGGCUGCUGGGGAACAAAAUCCGACGGCCGCGGGAGCAACUCCGAGCAGCGCAAGUGGCACCACCACGACCGGUCCAAGCCACUUGAUCCGAAAGGCGCAGGCUUACCACGACGUGGCCACCAAGCAGGUGUUUGGAAACCGCGGAAGCAGCAAGCAGCUCGGCGAGAUUGGCACGGUUCCGAGCGGGCCGAACUUGCACCCGCACAAGUCCACCUUCAACUUUGAGUACCACAGUCGACCGAUCUUUGCCGUACAGAAGAUCGGGAAGGUGAACACCAACCAGGGCUCGUUUCUCUGGGACCCGAUCUCCAAAACCCGCGAGGAGUUGGCGAAAGCAGCCCCGGCCAGGACCAGAACCAGUAGUCCGACGGUGACCCGAGAAUUGCUGAAGUUCGCCCAGGACCGAUCUCGCUCGCCCUCACGGCUUGGCUCCCCGGCGCGCGGACGCGAGGGGUCGCAUCUGGUGCGCAGCGGCAGUACGGUGGAAACGCACGCGCUGGAAACGCGGGACGGUAUUGACAAUCAGACACUAGAGACGGACGUGAACCACGAAGUGCUGUCCACGGACAAAGCAGGAAACAAGAAGCGACGUAGCAAGUCGCCCCACCAGGUGAUGCGCGAACGGCAGCAGAGCCAGGACUUCAACCGGCGCCUGGACCGAAACGAGAUGUCGCUGCGACGGAAGCAGUCCCGGGACCGAAGAGUGGUGAAUAAGAAGAAGCAUGUGGACAAGUUUCACGAGCAACAGGAAGAGGCGCACUCCUCGGUUGCCAGCAGCCGGAUCCAGUCCAAGGCGGGCACCGAAUCCCCGCGCUCCCCGCGGUCCGUCGGCGGGGGCGGCAACGGGGGCAGCAACGGUGCAACGGCGUCGCAGCGGCUUUCCAGGAUGAGCGUGAACGCGCCGAUGGAGAAGGGCAUUGAGUUUAGCAGCUCCCAAACAAGGACGAAAGGGUUGCUGAACCGGUCAGAGACCCUGUUAGUCAGGUUCAACGAGAAGGAUAAAAAACAGGCUUCGAAAAUGGAGGAAUUUUCGCCGGAAAUGACACCCACAACCGAGGAGCAGAACAACAGCGAGACGGCGGCAGCGAAAAAGGCGACGUUCAGCUUCUACCCCGGGGAAAGAACAAGCAGCGCGUCAACUUCCACACAAAAAAUGAUGGUCGCGGCGGGAAAUUACACGCUCAGCGGUGCGGGGACCAUGAGCACGCGCGCCACAACGAUGAAUUCGAGGACGAGUCGUCCGAGUUUCGUCUUUCGCAGCACCGCAAGCAUGAGUGAGUCAGAGGAACAGGAAGCGAGCCAAAGAACAGCAUCACCUGCAACGCCGACGGAGCCCGUUCAUUUUCAACAAUUGGAAACCAGGAAAAGCGGCUCUUCGACGCAGCAUCAAACUCGUCGGUCCACCGCUUCUGCGGCCUUCACCCCGACGGCAAGCGCGAGCAACCCCAAUAGUUACCUGAACCGCCGAGCCGGAUCUACAGUGAACUCCGCCACAACAAGAUCUGCGUCGCUCCGACGAAGCAGCAGUGUAACGAGCACCUCUUCGCGCCAGCAGCCGACUUCAAUGGCAGAGCUUCUGAACAAAAACUCAGAAGCCAUGCAUAGGAGAAAUCAGAGCGCAACGACGCAGCGGGGGGUGGCAACGAGCAGCGGGCGGCCCCCACGUGCUCCGCCGUCGAUGUCGACCCAGGGCAGGACGUCUUCGGUGCAAACGGUGGACGAGACCGAUGGGAGUGUGAACGCGCUGGAAAGGUUAUACUGCAACAAUAGUGCGAGUGCGACGGUGAGCCACAAGAUGAACAACGCUUCGGCGAGCUACUCCUACUCGGGGGAAGAGCAAGUCGAUCAGCGUUCGGAACGGAUCGAGAUGGAAAGAAGAACUGUCACGGCACAAUCCCCGGCGUUCGUGCGAAAAUCCGCAGCCAGCACUUCUUCUCCAGUGGUCAGUGUCGGUCUGGGAGCGGCGCCGACGCUGAAGGUCCCGUCUCUGUUUCAGAUGCGGAAAAACUAA